AUGAACAGUAGUGUGGAUAUGCAAUCAUCAACGAUCGAACUCGAUGAUGAUGAAUCAAAGAGUAGCGAUAAUUUGCCAUAUGAAGAUAAUACUAAUCAUCAACAAUCUGGACACCAUGUAUCUCGUUCCACUGUUGCUGGUACAACCGUAACAAAUAAUGGAACAAAACGUCAAAAAGAUAUUUCACCAUGUCAUGUAUGUGGAGCAAAAGCGCAUGGUUAUAAUUUCGAUCAAAUCACAUGCGAAUCAUGUAAAGCAUUUUUUCGACGAAACGCUUUGAAAUCUAUGGAUAAAUUUCGAUGUCGAAAUAAUAAUAAUUGUGUUAUAACAUCAACAACACGAAAACGUUGUAAACGAUGUCGAUUAAUAAAAUGUUUUGAUGUUGGUAUGCGUAAAGAAUGGAUAUUAACAGAAGAAGAAAAACGUUCAAAACGAAAAAAAAUCGAACGUAAUCGUUUAAUAAAACAACAAGCGCAAUUAACUCUUUAUCAACAACAACAACAACAAAAUAAUGAUUUAAUUCAUUUAAAUGUUCAAACAAAUAUGUCUUCAUCGUCUGCUAUUGAACAUUCAUCAUCAUCCAAUUCUCAACGUCUAAUAUCAAGGAAAACUUCUGAAUCAAGUUGUCUUCCAUUGCCAUUAAUGUGUAUGCAUCGAUCAUCAGAUCAACAAAUGUAUGAACGUCAACAAUGUUUAUUACGACAAUUAUCAGAUGGUUAUCAAUUAAUAUGUCAACAAUAUCAUCAACCAACAAAAUUUGCUUAUCGAAAUUCACUUAUAUCAAAAACCAUAGAUAUGGAUUCUAAAUUAGUCUUAAUUAAAGAUUUAACAAGAGAAUUAACACAAAUGACAACAUCACGUUUAUUACAUUAUUUUGCAUUAAUACCUGAAUUUCAAUUAUUAACAGAAUUAGAAAAAAAAUCCAUUUUAAUUAAGAAUAUGCUGGCAGUUUUUAUGUUUCAUGGAGCAUUAACAUAUAAUACUCACAAUGAUACAUUUGUUGAUCGAACAACAGCUGAUCAGCCUUAUGAUGCGAAAUAUAUAUUACUUGUUUACGGAUCACGAGUUUAUAAUAAUUUUAUAGCAUUAGCUCGUAGAUUAACUUCUUUAACAUAUCAAACACCAGGUGAUAAAGAAUCAGAUGAACGUGCACAUCCAUUACUUUUAUUACUUAUGAUUAUUCUAUUAUUUUCUGAUGGUUUUGAAAUUUGUUUAACUGAAGAAGGACAACAACAAUCAAUAGAAAAUGAAUUAGAUAAAUCGACUAUGAAUAGAUCAUUAUCAACAACUAGUGAAUCAUUAUCAUCAUCAUUAUCAUCAUUAUCACCGUCCGUUUCACCAUCUUCAACGUCGAAAUUACAUGAAAAAUUACAUAAAAUUCAACAAAUUUAUAUUGAAAUAGCUUAUCGAUAUUUACAUGAUGAAUUUGGACUAACAGUUGGUCGUCGAAUGUUUCAAAAUAUCUUACCAUUAUUAUUUGAUCUUCAAAAACUUUGUGCAACAUUAGCCAAUGUUAAUCUAUGUGAAUUAGCUGAAGAUGAAGAUCGAUUAUCUUCAUCAAGAACAACAACAUCAAGUAUAAUAGCAACGUCUUCUGAUCCUCAAACUUCUCAAAUAUCUUCAUCCCAAUUCAAUUCAACAAUGAUUAGUGGAACAUCUCAUUUAAAUGAAUUACAAAAAGAAAAUCGUGCACCACCUCGCCUAAUUCAUUAUUAA